AUGAAGACCAAGGAGCUCUCCAAACAGGUGCGUCUGGAGUGGCCCACAGACCUGGCUGUCAGUCCCAUGGAUAACUCUCUGUACGUCCUGGAUAACAAUGUGGUACUGCAGAUCUCUGAGAACCACCAGGUGCGUAUCGUGGCAGGGAGGCCCAUGCACUGCCAGGUGCCCGGCCUGGAUCACUUCCUGGUCAGCAAGGUGGCCGUCCACGCCACCCUGGUGUCUGCCAACGCUCUCGCCGUCUCUCACAAUGGCAUCCUGUAUAUCUCUGAGUCAGACGAGAAGAAGAUCAACCGUGUGAGACAGGUGUCCACCAACGGAGAGAUUUCAUUGGUGGCCGGGGCGCCCAGCGGCUGUGACUGUACUAACGACGCUAACUGUGACUGUUACUCCGGCGACGAUGGCUACGCAAAAGAUGCCAAAGUCAACGCCCCGUCUUCAUUGGCUGUCUCCCCUGAUGGUGAACUCUUCAUCGCCGACCUUGGCAACAUCCGUAUUCGUUCCGUCCGACGGAACAAGCCUUACCUGAACCCUCUCAGCAUGUACGAGGUCUCCUCCCCCAUUAGCGAUGAACUCUAUCUCUUUGACUCCAAUGGUAGUCACAUCUAUACUCAGAGUCUGACCACUGGGGAUGACCUCUAUAACCUGACCUACUCUGGAGAGGGAGACCUGGCCAGCAUCACGGAUCAGAACAACAACAUAGUGACCAUCAGGAGGGAUACAACAGGCAUGCCUCUGUGGUUGAUGGUGCCUGAUGGACAGACUUUCUGGUUCACCAUUGGGACCAACAACGCCCUGAAGACCAUCGCUGCUCAGGGGCAGGAGCUGGCUAUGAUGACCUAUCACGGGAGCUCCUCGUUACUGGCUACGAAGAGUAACAACAACGGAUGGACCACCUUCUAUGA